CACUAAGUUUGGAGUGUGCACAUAUUGCAAACAUGAAUCUGCAUAUUCUCAGCAGCCAGGGACAGUGCAUAUAGAGGAUAUCUUCAUACAUAUAAAGGUUAUCGGGGCCCAUUCGAAAAAACACCAGCUGAACAGCAUGCAUUUGAUGCUGCCAAUGAAAAGGCUUGCCUAGGAUGUCAUCCCUCAGCUAUACAUAGCAAACUCAAAGCUCCUUACAGAGAAACCUCUUACCAGUCACUUUCCACAAAUGGUGCAUGCACCUAAAAGUACUUAGUCAAAAUCCUUCAGAGGUAUUUAAUGCAAAAGCAGUUAGUCUGUGGUGUUGUUUAGAAGCCUGCACGCACCACCAGCAAGGAGGAAGUGCAGGGCAGCUGUAGCACAGCGCUUGGGCUAGUUUCUCAUUUUAUUUCAACCAGGCUCUGCCACCCCAAGAGCUUGUCAAGAUGUGUGACAUGGGGGGGCUUGACAACCUGAUUGCCAACACAGCCUAUCUGCAGGCAAGGAAGAGUGGAGAUGGAGACACAAAGGAGAUGCAAAAGAGACGUAGGAGCCUCUCGCUGCCCAAGGUUGAUCAGUGCAGAGAUGUUAGACAGUCCAUUGUUGCUGAUUAUGACAACAUCUGUGAGCAGCAGCCCAUUGGCAAGAGAUUCUUCAGAGACUUCUUAGAGACAGUGCCAGAAUAUUUGGUAGCUAAGGACUUCCUGGAUGAGGUGUCAAACUGGGAGUUGGCAGAGGACAAUGUCAAGAGCAGUACCAUGGAGAAUAUGAUCACCAAUUUUCUUAAGACAGGCUCCAAAAACUAUCUGGCUUUCAUGAGCUCUGACUUGGCCAGCAAAUGCCAGGCAGCUACUGCAAAUGACUAUGAGAAUGUUGUGCAGAUGGCCAAGGAGGAAACCAAGCUCUUCCUUAAAGGCAAGCCGUUCCAGGACUUCCAGACCAGCCCCUUCUAUGACAAAUUCCUCCAAUGGAAAGUUUUUGAGAAGCAACCAGUAACUGAAAAAUACUUCUAUGAGUUCCGAGUGCUGGGCAAAGGUGGCUUUGGAGAGGUUUGUGCCAUCCAGGUGAAAAAUACUGGCAAGAUGUAUGCCUGCAAGAAACUGGAUAAGAAGAGGUUGAAAAAGAAAGGUGGAGAGAAGAUGGCAUUACUGGAGAAAGAGAUCCUGGAGAAGGUCAACAGCCCUUUCAUAGUCACACUAGCUUAUGCCUAUGAGAGCAAAAGCCAUCUAUGUCUUGUUAUGAGCCUCAUGAAUGGAGGGGAUUUGAAGUACCACAUCUACAAUGUAGGAGAAAGGGGUUUGGAAAUGAAGAGGGUCAUCUAUUACUCAGCUCAGAUCACUUGCGGGAUUCUGCAUCUCCAUUCUAUCAAGAUUGUGUACCGGGACAUGAAACCAGAAAAUGUCCUCCUGGAUGAUAACGGCAAUUGCAGACUGUCUGAUCUUGGAUUGGCAGUGCAAGUCAAAGAGGGAAAAAGCAUCACUCAGAGGGCUGGGACAAAUGGUUACAUGGCUCCGGAAAUCCUGAAGGAAGAAGAUUACAGCUAUCCUGUGGACUGGUUUGCAAUGGGGUGUAGUAUUUACGAGAUGGUCGCUGGGCGAACACCAUUCAAGGAUUUCAAAGAAAAGGUCGAUAAGGAUGAGGUUAAAAGAAGAACUCUGGAAGAUGAAGUGAAAUUUGAACAUGCCAACUUUACAGAGGAAACCAAAGAUAUUUGCCGGCUGUUUUUGGCUAAGAAAAAGGAGAGUCGUUUAGGAAGCAGAAAUGAAGAUGAUGACCCAAGAAAACAUAGUUUCUUCAAAACGAUAAAUUUUCACAGGCUAGAGGCAAACCUUAUUGACCCUCCAUUUGUGCCAGAUCCAUCAGUUGUCUAUGCCAAAGAUGUUACAGACAUUGCUGACUUCUCUGAAAUACGAGGAGUUGAGUUUGAUGACAAAGAUAAGCAGUUCUUCAAAAAGUUUGCAACAGGGGCUGUCCCUGUAGCCUGGCAGGAAGAAAUUAUUGAAACAGGACUGUUUGAAGAACUGAAUGAUCCUAACAGAGUAGAUUCUGGGGGUUACGCAAAUGGAGGCGAAGCUAAGUCAGGAGUUUGUUUGUUGUUGUAAAUACCACAUUGUUAACAAAAAAGAGUAGCACCCACGUCAGAACUUUCCAUGUUCUGGCAUUGUUUCAGAAACUCAGUGGAUCUGUUUAAGAAGAACCAAUCAGUGUAAUAUAACAUUGGCACGCUUUGUAGGACUACCAGCUGUAUAGACUAUAUUAUUUUCCUUUGCUGUAACAAAAAAGAUCGUAUUUUUUGUUUUAUUGGAGAUUUACCAAGAUGAAGCACAAUAUUUCUCCAAGAAACUUAGAAUAAUAGAAAUUCAGAAAUACAAAAAGCAAUCAUAAAGUGAAGAGGCAACACCUUUUGAAAAUUACUGACUACCAUUUUGGAUACAACGAUUUGCUGGUUUUCUUUGUAUUUUCUUGUUAUUUCUACUAACAUUUCCUCUUUCUUCCACAGUUUUCAGAAAAGAUUUUUAAUUUUUAAGUAAUAUUCACAGUUAGACAAUGGAGCUCAUAUACCAUGUCAAAUGUGGAAUCUUACUGGUUAGCCAGACUGUCUGUUGUUUUCUUAAUUUCUGUUAGUUUUUGGAUGAUUUGUUUGUAGUAUGUUCAAAUUGUCAUAAAAUGUAACAGAAGGCUCUACAUAUCACUAGGAAAUAAAACUGACAGGCUCAAACUGUUCAAAGUUGAUUUUAACAGUGACAGUAAGAUUGCACCAAUUUAAUUGAAUAAAGAAUUUAUUUAUUAUUGUCUAUUCUUUUAAGUUGUAAUACCAUAUACAAAGAAAAUGUGUUUAUAAGUAAAUACACAUUAUUUUUGACAAUCAAUUUUAAACUUUUAUUAGGUUUCCUGAUAAUUUUUGAUGAUAUUUUUAUCAUAAAUUAAGCUAUAAACAGACAAAAACAAUUUUUAACUGGCUUUUUACAAGACAUGUAUUUCAGUGCAAUAUAAAUUUUAAUUCAGUAGUUGCAAAAUGUGUUAAGUGCUGUAGUGGUGGAAAGGUUAUGUGUGCAAAUUGACACUAUCUUUAAAUGUUUAUUGAUUCUUAUGAAAAUGUUGAUGUAUUUUAUUUUUCAAUUUCAUGGCAACCUAAAUUGAGUUAAUUGGAAACAUUUCUGCAAGUACUUGCUGCUGCUGAAGAUACUCAUAAGAUGCAUCCUGCUGAUUUUCUGCGAUAAGAAAAUUGGUGGUAGUUGUUUGCAACAACUUUUAAAACUGAUUCUGCAUGCUGUUUGCUGUAGUCCACGUAGCCAUUAUUUCCAUUGCCCAAAGUGGAAGCUGAAACCGCUCCAAAAGAACACACAUCUGCCCUCCAUUACAGUUUGGUGAGACCAGUUAGUGCUAGUGGCAUCAAAUUUAUGUCCCAAAUUGGUACACCUCAAAUCCAUAGAAAUGCCAUUUUACAGUCCUCCAGAGCCAUAAGGCAUUGCUGUGAAAUAGCUGUAUGUUUUCCAGUGCAUAACUAAUUUUCAGUGUAUACAUGUUCCCAUAUGGAUAAAGGUUAUGUAUAGACAGAAACGGAAUUUAAUGUCAUGUCAGAAUCAUAUAUCCCAUAUGAUACCAGGUGUUGCAAGUCUGGGUUUUUCCAAAUGUAUUGCAAUACUGAGAUCUGUGAUUUCAGGACAUCAUAUGCACAGAACAUUAGGUUAUUUAGUUUUAGAACCCAAAGUCCUGUUGGGAUUUAUUGACACUGUAUAUCAGUGAGAUACUGUAAUGUUAAGUGUUCCAUUAAUCAUUCAGAGAAACACAUCACAAGUCUGAUAAUGCAGUUUGGCACAGUGUAUGACAAAGAAGAAUGUAUUAGUUUGAAAUCAUUUUAAUUUUCAGAAAUUUUCUAUUUCAGAACAUGGACAACUGCUGUUUGCACUAUGAAGAGAGAGAGCAGAGCAAAGAUUAUGUCUGUAUUUCUGUUAGCAUUUUGAGUGUGUGACUCAAACAUUCUUUUAAACUUUUAAGGAAUAUGUUCGGUCAGAAUGGUCGACUUGUUCUUCCUGUCUCUGUAAAGUUCUUUGUUAAAUUUUCAGGAAGAUAUUUUAACAUCCUGCUUCACUUCAACAAAACAAUGCCAGCGAUCCUAAAAGAUGUACGCAUUUGCUGAAUUGUCCUAUUGCAGUAUAUGAUGCUCCUCAAUGUGAGUAAAUUUAAAUAUAUAUAUGCAAGUGUUCAAGAUCAGAGCCCAAGUGAAAAGUAUUGACCAAGUCAUUAGAUGUUCAUGAUGAAAAAUGAGGGAUGAAGUUGUGGGAGAAUAACCUUGUGGUUGUGGCAUACUUAGUUCUCUUGGCAAAAGAAAAAUGUGUAAUUUGAAACUGUUAUUUUUUUCUUCUGGCUGUCUCUUUCUCCUUUGCCAGCUUUGUGGUGUCUCACUUGCCUGCCUCUUUUUCAGGCAGCUAAAAUGCAUUCAAGUGUUAAUGUAAUCUAAAAAACUAAAUUGUGAACUCUAUUGCAUUAAAUGUCAUCUGUGAAACGUUACUGAGUGCCCUGGCCAUUCUGUAGUGAUUGUACUAACAGUUCUGUCUUUCUUACUCUGUUUUACUUAGUACUGCUGUUAGAACUACUUGGUAAUUUUAAUUGUAGAAGGCUGAAAUGUAACAUUCAUAAGGGCUUGAAAUCUGUUCUUACAAGAACACCAUUUAAAGUACCCUAGACAACACUGAAGAAAGGCUGCUGGCGCUGAGAGUGUAUGAAAGGAGAAGCUUUACAAUAUAUCUCGAGUCCAAAUUUUAUUUGAUACCGUCCCUGUUACCCUUACCAAUACCCCUCCAAUUCUAAUGAGCAUAAAGAGACAAAAUGAGGUUUAAUAUUAACCUGGUGAAGUCAUUGUUCACAAAGAUUAUCAGUGGCAAUAAAGCUGUAGCUGUUUUAUCUUCACUUGUAUCAUGGCAAAGGCUUAUUUAGUCAAUAAACACCUUGUGUUGCAGCAAUUAGUUUGCUUUUCUAUUCCAGUACAAAAUAGAGAUAGUAAUUAGAACCUGUGUGCAAUUUCCAGGCUAUCAAGUAGCAUCUGUAUGGCAACUUUACAUUAAUUUAAGAGCCUCUUAGCAAACAUAAUACUUGAGACAGCUAUUUCUUCAGCCAUAAACAAAUGAGAAUACAGAAAGCAAAAUAGAACUAGGACACGAUCUCCAGUUAGAGCAUGUAAUUGCCUGUAAUUGUGCAGUGUAUCUAUAAAGUGAUGUGUGGGUUUUUAUGCUUUUAAUAUCAGCAUUGGUUUUUACUAAUAAAAUGUUCAUAAUAUUGUAAUUAAACAUUAUUGCUUUUACAGCUUCUAAUGGUACAUAUGUAACAUUUUUCUGACCUGAACAUCCACAUCUAUGAUUAAGGCAAGUAAGUAUGCUCAUGUCAUUUACCUUAAAAAGUAUAAAUUGCUUCUUUUAGGCUAUGAUAGUAAUUUUUAUCUUUUUAUCAUAAGAUUUUUAAUAACAAAAGAUUUAAAUUCCUUCAAUCUAUUUAUGAACUAAUGAAAUGCAGAAAAAUAUUUUAUAUGUAGUGUUUUUCUCUACAAUAGGAUUUAAAUUAAGAAUUAAGAUCUUAGCAGCUAUGGCUCAUAGCAAUACAGAAGCACUGAAAAUCCUGCCAGUUCUGGGACUUAUCCUAAAAGCCAAGCAAACACAUCAAUUUUGAAAUCUAUGGAUAGCAGAAAUUACUUGCUUUCUGUAGAUGAGACCUGACACUUGUAAUGCUAUGGAUAAGGGUCACCUCUGAUCAUUGUGGCUUAGGGGAGUACAUUUGAAACAUUGCAUUAUGAUAGCCCUAGGGAGUUUUACAGACACAUUAAGGAAUAUAUGGACAGAAGGUGAAAACAAAUGCAAUUAAGCAUACAACUUUUUAUCAGGCACUGCAUUAUUACAGCAAGUAACACAAAUCUAGUAUUUCAUUUUAAAAAGAUUAGUGUUAUAAAACGAUUGUUUGAUAUUUCUCUGACUUCAUUUAUAUAACUGAGCAGAGGUAGUGUAAAAUUCUUACCAGUUACCCCUCUGCAUGUGCAAAAAUGUGAAUAAAUACUUAGUGUUUAUAAGGGAGUGGAAAUCUUUUAGGCAUCUCUUGCCUGGAGAAGAGGAAGACCAAGAACACAGAGGGGUGUUACUGUGUCUCUUGCAGUGAAAGUAUCUACGCCCAUGGGAAAAUACAGCUGGUGACACCUGUAGGUAGCAUCAUUCACACCGUUCUCUUGAAUUAAUUCCCUUUUUAUGAUGUAGUAUGUUGUUCUUGCAUUCAUUCCACAUCUGUACCCUCCUGUCACCUCCAGAAGGCUAGCACAAUUCUCAGUGAAGUAACUUUAGCCUUUAGGGAAGCAAUGUUAAUUCUGUAGCUUGGACAGAAAAGUUGCCAUAAAGAAUAGCUGUCAGCACCGUUUUCAGCCAAGAGUUACUCCAAGUGUUGAAAUGCUUUUUCAGGGCGAACAUGGGAAAAAACCAUGAUUCUCUUUGAAAGGGCUUUGGAUUUGUUAGUUCUGUUACUUUUCCUCUGACAACUUCGGGGCAGCUUCAGUGGUUAAUUUCUCCCUUUCCCUUUGACCAAGUGCAAGUGCAGUCUGUUUUAGUAGUUAUUUUAUACUGUUUGUGCUCUUUGUCCAUGCUUUUCAAUGUCUGAGCUUUGUCAGUAAACCACUUUCUUCCAAGUGUUUUGUUUUCUGAUUACACCAACAUGGUGCUAUUGCAAUGUGUGGUAGAAUGACUUCUGAAAAAAGAAAUUUUUUUGUUUUCUUCUGUACAUAAUCGUUACUUGAAGCUAAACAUAAGUAAUUAAUUUUGACGUGUGUUUUAUCAGAGUUCUUCUUCACCAAACCUACAUGUUGGUCUAUAUGAUUCAUUCAAGUUGUUCUGACAGUUACAUUUUACAGAGUGGAAAGAUACAGUGAGACUGAAUGAGGCACUGUAUACAUGCCCUUAUGAUGGGAGUUCCUAAUGAUGAAUGUUUCCGUGAUUCAUGUUUUUAUAAAGAAUGCCAAAGGGAUGACUAUGGAUAUCUCAGUUGUCAUAACUUGUAGUUCAGUUAACAAUAGUGGAGUGACUGUUUAAAAAAACAGCUAUUGUACAGGAAUGUUCAGUUAUGUUUGCUUUGCAAGACUUCAUGUAAGCAUGACAUGGGAUGUGCUAGACAUGUCUCGUGACUUUUGAAUCACUGUGGUAAAAGGUCUGCUGCAAGUAAGAACGGAUUUGUUAAUCAGUCCUGCCUGAAAGCAUUCCUACAGUAAUAUAUACUAGUCUGACUGAACACCUUUUGAACAGCAGUGAAAGCUUUCUUUAAUCUGCAUUGCUAGUCUGCAGUGCCUGCUUACAUGUCAGUCUAUGGAAGUGCAUUGAUGGAAUUACAGAGAGAAAUUGUUCUGAUAUCCUGGACUUCUCAGGAGAAUGUAGAGCAGAGCCUAUUGCCGUAGUGGUUGCUUCUGAGGGCUUGAGCUCAUUUCUGACAUCAGCAUGUAAAUCAGAAGUGGCUUUAGUAAUAUGAAAGUGGAGAAAAGUCAUGUUAUAUGAUGCAUUAAGUCAGUUCAGUCAAACAAAAGUUCCUAACGGGAACUUUCUCUCUAGGUCAAAUGACAGUAGAGCUAUUUCUUGAUAUAAAGGGAUGAUCAGAGUGGAACUGGUGAGAAAGUGUCUGCCACAAUAUCAAUCAGGGCGGUUCCUAAAGGAAUCCUGUUUGUGCACAUUGAAGGAAUUAAAUUUGUAGUAAGAGGGAUGGCCAAUUUUUGUCAUUAUUGGUAACAACAACAUCGUGGUCAUAAAGAGGAAUCACUGGUACCAGUUACCAGUUUAGCCUGUUGCUCUGUAAUAAACUGGAGAGAGGUGCCUGAUUUACAAACAAGCCCGAAAGAAUUUUGCUUCUGUUUCCAAAACAUAAUACCAACAGGAUAUCAUGAACAACAGGAGGAAACUGUUGAACUCAUACAGAAGGCCAGUUGACAGAAGAGUAAUCUCAAACAUGGUUUCUGGAAGCUAGCAUCAAACUGAAGAGCUAUCAGAGGACACGUGCAUUAAAAAAAUUAAGGAAUUGCAUUAAGAAGGAUGAACUCUCUGAGAUUCCAUAGCUGUAUUGCACAACUGCAUCUUUUCAUCCUGUAUAGAGGAAGAAAUUAGAAAGUGUGCUCUGUACUAAAUGGUAAGGAUACUUCAUAUGCUGCUUAAAAUAAUCAGAUAAUGGUAUAUUGUCUGAUACAACCUAGGAGUCAGUAGUUUCUCAUGCUUUCAUCUUAGUAUAAGAUGAAAUUCUCUCCUAAUGAGAAUCCUUCUCUGUUAAAUGAAACAAUGGAUACUGGUUUUCCUGAGUUCCCACCCCUUUCCUCCCCAGGUGAUUUUUCUGAUUUCUUCUGCUCACGUUUUUGCUUCUCUCCCCAUCUUUCUGUGUCAAUGCUAAAUCAAAAUGUUGCAUUCUUUUUGAUGUGAAUGAAAAUGUGGUGACAGAUGCUGGAUGAAAAGUCCUGUAACUCAUGAAUUCAUAAUCCACCAUCUACUACACAGCAGAACUAAACCCAAAUACAUACUCUUAUAUUCAGUCCUUCUAAAUACUCUUAUGUUAGUUACACUAGUUCCAGGCAGGGAAAAUAAUACUGGUCCCAGGCAGGGAAAAGAAUAAAGAAAUGGAUGAUGUCUUUAGAAUUUUCCAUAUGCCUUGUGCAGAGAAUAGUGGAUCAAGUGUUUUAAACAAAGGAGGGAAGGAAACUUUGAUUUCUUGCCAAGAGAUUGAAACCUCCUGAUCUCUUACCAAGCUAGUUUAUUUUGUUGCCAACAGUUUCCUCACCUUAAAAAGCUUCUUUUCCUCUGUGAAACUAACAGCAGUGAAAGAAACAGUCUCUGCAGAAUGGCAACAUGGUAAAUAUCUGUUCCACUUAAUACGAAGACAGAGUCACAUUCAAAUUUAGAUACAGGACCAGAAAACACAGGCAGUACCAGGUGCAAGGCUGUCCUCAAAUAGUUCCUGACCAAAUUUUACUUUUUUUUUUUUUCUGUUAAGUACAUGAAAGUUGCUGUCUUUGGGAAUGUUGAUCUCCUACUGCACAAAAAUUAUUUAACUGCCUUUGCUAUUGAAUAAAUCCUGAUUUUCAGGA